CAGAUACGCCUAAAUAAGGACAAAUAACAUUCAAAGUCAUCUAUAAAAUAACAGCCAGAUUGUCUGCAGUGCCGGGCCCCUGCGCCGGCCUUCCUCCCCGCUCCUCUGUGCAACAUCUGGCGACAGCCCCUCUCCAGACCUCCAGACCGUGCACACACUCGCAGCAGACCGAGCCGAGGCUGUUCUGUUCUGGGCUGGUGUUUCCCUUGUGCGCAUGUCCGCUCCCCGCAGCAGCCAGAGGAGCGACGGGGCACCCACUCUACAGUAACGGGACACCCAGGGCCAGGGGACUGCAUCUAUGGAGCGGCUCACAACUCACUUUUCAAAGCCUUCUAGUCCACGAUGAACUUUUGGAUUUCCGUAAGAUGUAUUUCCAGAUAAGCUGCUCCAUCCUCCUCGCCGUCUACUUGGUCUGCCAGCCGCUGCGAGCUCAGGAUCCGUUGUGCUGUAACUAUGCCCCUGAAUACUCCUCUUGUAAAGAGGCUUGUGAUCAGCUUGCCACCAUAAAGAGUGAGUCCCGUCUGAAGCACCUGCUACAGAGGCUGCCCAGCUAUUGCUCUGAGUCCAUGUUUUUGUUUUCUGUGCAGACUGAACUGUGGACUUGUGUCAACUCAACACUACCAGGAGUGUCCAGGAAGUCCGAGGGCUGGGUGGGCUUAGGUUGCUGCGAGCUGGCCAUCUCUGCUGAGUGUAGACGCAAGUGUGAACAGGCUUCAUCCAAGAGUGACAUAACUAAAGUCUGCAAAAAGGUCACUGAGAAACCACUGUACGGCUGCAUCACCAAAAAUGAAAUUGGUUCCACGUGCUGCAGUUACGCGGGUCGCCACACCAUCUGCCGUGAGUACUGCCAGGCCAUCUUCAGGACGGACUCCACCCUGACCGCGUCUCAGAUCAAUGCCGUGAAGGACUACUGCCAGAGCCACAGCAGCCAGCUCCUCAACUGUGUCAACAACUUCACCAAGUCCUACCCCAUCCGCAGCCCCCUGGACAGCCUGUACUGCUGUGAUCGAGCCGAGCAGAGCCACUGUCAGGUGGCAUGCCGUCGGAUCCUUCGCACCAUGAACACGGAGCACGAGAUCAUGGAGGGUCUCAUUGAUGAGUGUGGCUCCCAGCCCCUCCCCCAGGACCCUCUGUGGCAGUGCUUCCUAGGCAGUGCUCAUCCCCCCUCCCCACCUGAAGAAGAGACCCCACACCCCGCCAAGAUGGACCAGGCCAAACUGCACUGCUGCGCCAAAGCCAACACCUCCCUGUGCAGAGAGAUGUGUGAGGAGAUGAGCACAAACUGGGGAUCUCAGACGUGGCAGGACUUUGACCAGCUGUGUGAGUACAACCCUGUGGAGGCCGAGCUCAUCAGCUGCCUUUCUGAUGUGAGAGAGCCCUGCCAACUGGGCUGCAAGGACCUGGGCUACUGCACCAACUUCAACAACAGGCCCACAGAGCUGUUCCGCAGCUGUAACGUGCAGUCGGACCAGGGCGCCAGGAACGACUUCAAACUGUGGUCCAACGGCACCAUUAAGAUGCCCUACAUGAACAUCCCAGUGCUGGACAUAAGGAAGUGCCUCCCUGACACCUGGAAGGCUGUGGCCUGUGUGCUGCAGAUCAAACCCUGCCACAGCAAGUCCAGAGGCAGCCUCAUCUGCAAGUCUGACUGUGUGGAGAUUUUGACCCAGUGUGGGGACAGGAGGCGCUUCCACGAGGGCCAGACUCCAGAGAGGAUCUGUGAGCUGCUGUCCCCGGUGGAUGACCCGGAGCGCUGCAUCCCCCUGCACACUUACCUCACUCCCAGCAUCCACCCAACUAGUGUGGUGGAGGAGGUGAUCCACCCGUGUAACCCCAACCCCUGUUCUACUAACCACCUGUGUGAGGUGAACCGCCGGGGCUGCCUGGAUGACUACAACUGCCUCCCCUACAUCUGUGUCCCAGCAUGUAAACUGGGAGAGGCAUCGGAGUUCCUGGUGCAGCAGGACGCUCUAAUCCAGGUGCCCUCCCGCAGUGCUCCGGCUGGCUGCUAUGAGGUGUGCAGCUGUGGAGCCAGUGGGCGUCUGGAGAACUGUGUGGAGAUGCCCUGUGUGGACACCACCAAGGCCUGCGUGGUAGGCGGGCAGAGGAAGAGUCAUGGGACAUCCUUCCAGAUCGACUGCCAUCACUGCUCAUGCUUCUCUGGAGACACAGUGUGCUCCACCAGAGAGUGUCUGAACGAGGGCAGCUCUGAGAGGGAAAGGCGUCACUUCACUGGUCUUCCCUGCAGCUGUCCAGACCACUUCAUCCCUGUGUGUGCGUCUAACGGACGCACCUACCCCAGUGCAUGUGUGGCACGCUGCAUGGGCUUCAAGGACCACCAGUUUGUGUUUGGGCAGUGCCGCCUCACCAAUCCCUGUGCCCGCAAGCCCUGCUCCAGGAGCCAGAGGUGUAUGUCCCGGUUCCGUGUGUGCCUGAGCGACUCAGGGGACUGUCCUCAGUUUGAGUGUGUGGGCAGACCCUCCCCCUGUGACCGCACCACUGUGGAACCUGUGUGUGACACUGAGGGAAUGGUACACCCCAGUCUGUGCCACCUGCAGCAAGCUGGCAAGAACCUCGCCUACAUGGGACACUGCCAGGAUUCUUGCCGGGGCCCUCAGCCAGUAUGUGGUCAUAAUGGAGAGACAUACGAAACCGUAUGUGAUGCCUUCUCAGACCGUGUGGCAGUGGAUUACCCGGGCCCCUGUCAGGCUGUGGGGCCCCUGUCCGAUUCAGCCCCUGACUCCUCCUGUGCUCUUGUCCAAUGUCCACCAGUCUCUACCCCUGGCUGUCAGCCCGUCAUCCCUCCAGGAGCCUGCUGCCCCAUCUGUGCGAGCAUGCUGCAGAUCCUCUGGAACAAGGAGCACAUCAACACCUUCUCCAAGCUGAAGCGUGAAGAGCCGGUGACGGUGCAGGACGUCCUCAGGGUGCUGCGGCUCCAUGUGUCCGUGCCUCAAUGCGAUGUGUUCGGAUACUUGAGCAUUGAUCACGUCCUGGUGGUGCUCAUAGCGCCGGUGGAGCAGCAGCCCACGCCUCUGCAGGUGGAGGCGUGCAGCAAAGAGGCGGAGAAGAUCGACUCACUGAUAAACUACUCCAGCCCCACCCUGAUGUCCCACGUGCCCCUCUCCGCGUUCCUCUCCUCACAACUGCAGACCUCCUGGAUCCUGUCCUCGUCCGGGACCGCGGCCCACCCUCUGAGCCCCGGCCUGGCUGUGCUGCUGGGGCUGCUCCUGGCCGCUGCCCCCAACCUCCACAUCCUCUAAGAUCUUCUAGCAUCCGACAUCUUGUUUCACCUUUGAUGCAAGACUUUGAGAUGAGUCCCGCCUCUGUGGGUGAAGAGCGCGAGGCGAACACAGCAAAAAAAGGAAUUAUUAUACAGAAGUUGAAAUGGCUUCUUAAUUUGAGUAGUUUUAAAUGUUUAAACAUACUCACUUAAAGCUAUAUUUGAUAAUUUUUCAGGUUGAGGGUCUGCCACUUGCUUGUCUCCGUGGAGAUAUUGUUGCUUUCCUUGGAAUGUGCCACAGUAUCCCAUUAAUCAUAUCUAUCGCCAUUCAGAAUGUAUGUUUUCCAGGUAUUUUUAGGCAAUAAUAACAUCUGUAAUUGAUUUUGCUGUGGAACAUUUCAGGCAACGCAAAAACCAUAUUCGUGGAGUCUGGCACGUGGCAGAUCCUAACCACAAAAGCUACGCAGUGCAUCUUUAAUUGGUUUACCUUUUUGAAAACUUAGCUUGAUAAUACCACAAAAUUAAAGUCGUCAGAACAAUUUUGUCAAAAGCUGAAGUUAAAACUACUCAUUUUAACUAAUAUAUUCCUUGCAGUGCUUCAGACCAACCCCGUUUUUAUAAAGAGGGAGGAACAGGAUUGAAUGAACUUGCCAUCUCUCUUUCUCUUUCAGCCCUUGACAAUCAUUCUUAUGGUGCCUCCUGCGUUACAGCAAUCUGAAGCUAAUGCCAUAGCAGUAUUCUAUUGAAAUGAAGGCAAGCGUGCGGCGCCAAGCUUCUCGUACGCGCUCCCAAAAACUAUCCGGUUCACUUUAGGUCACUUUGGUACAGCAGAUGUCCGGGGAUACAUAGAGGGUAUUCUCUGCAUAAACACCUGGAGGGGAGGAGACCAACUGCUAAGUCAUCCGUUCAUUUUUAACAACGCUGCAGCCGCAAUAGAUGUCAAAAUAAUCAAUCAGUAAUCAAAAAAAACCUAAACUUUAUUGCUAUUGCCAGGGAACAAAUUCACAACCUUGGAAUGUUUGAAGUUUGGUGCAUAAUAGGCAUGCAUAGUGAAAAAGCAAUUCUUAUUAUUACUAGAUUUGAAAACAAAAUUACCAAAUGAGCAAUAGAGCAAAACUAAAAGAACUUGAACAUGUUUUGGUUAGUUUUUUUUUGUAAUUUUUGGUUCUAUUUACAUGAAACAAAAGCUGAUAGAACUUGUAUUAAUAGUGCUGUACCACAUUUUUACUCUUAAAACAUAAAAAACAGAACUGCAGUGGUCCAAAGUUAUUCUUCACUUGCCUUAUUCCUCAUUAUUCUCCACAAUGGGUUUAUAAGCACUUUUUAAACUUUCAAACUUCCUGAUCAUCGGACAAUAAAAUGCUUUAUAAUUAGAUUUAGGCAGUGCACAGUGGACUUAUUGACCUUAAGAGCUGCUUAUACAAUAUAUCUGUGCUGAGGCAUGGUUGUAGAUAGCAGAGCAAUUAGUUUUUAUUUACAUUUUUAUAUUAUUUCCAUGACCAACCUGGCAACAAAGUGCAAUAUGUUUUAGGAAGAAAUAACACAAUUAGAUCUGCUUUAACAAAGUACUUUGGAGUGAACCGGAUCUGAAGUCACAGCGCCACCGUGAGGCCAGAGCAGGACAUGCCCGCUUUACCUGAAUGCACAUUUAUGUCCUGUUGUUGUGACAGAUACACAGUGUUUGGUCCUAACAUUGAACCUCCAUCUCUACAGUGUUGGUGCCUUGCUCAUGGGCACUCUUACCGAGGCCAGUAUGACGGACAGUUAAAAGGGAGAGUUCCAGUGUACUUUUGUAGAACUAAAGCCAUCUGAACUUUUGAAGGACAAUCAGCAGUGGUCAUUUUGUCUAUGGAAAUGGCCGUCUUAUAUGAAGUCAAACAAAAAUGCAAUAUAUUUGUUGAUAAAUGUCUGUAUAUUUGUUUUAGGGCUGCAUGAUAUCAUAUUUGAUAACUAUGUAGUGUGUACAUAACAGUAUUCAAAUGUUUUCAUGUACUUUUUAACAGUAAACUCAUGCUAAUUCAAGCUAAUUUAUGGCAAAACUGCAAAUACUUAAACUUUUCUAAUGGUGAGGCUGCCACUUCCUUGUUUCCAUGGAGAUGUUAACGUUUGAAAUAUUCUGUAGUAUGGCUUUAACUGUAUCUAUGUUUAUGAGGACAAGCAGGCGACACCACUAGGCCCAAUUAUAGAUCAGAUCUGUGGAGAGGUGAACUUCCUUACAAUAAGAAUGCCUGUUUUCCAAGUCAUUUUUAGAGAUAGAAACACCUGUAAUUGAAUGAAUGCAAGAUAGAGAAGUUAAAUGCCAUACUGUGGAACAUUCCAGGCAAUGCAAUAACAUUUCUAUGAGAAGGUUGCCAAGCCUAUGUCAGAAAAUUUCUGUAUCACACCUUUAAAUUUAAACUUUUAUUGUGAUGUAGUUAGACUGUUCACACUUGUAAAUUGGGACUAAAACAGACCUAAACCUGGACUAUACAGCAGUGAUUCCCAAGUUCCCAGUGCCCCCUAUUAAUGGUACCGGUUUCUUAAGUAAUUAUAAUUUUGUUAAUUAGUACAUUGCCAGUUAUAUUUUCUAUUAAUAAAAUGUAUCCCAAAUUUAUCAUACAGAAAUACUCUUAAGGAAGUAAAAUACAGUAAAGAGUUUGCAUUACCUUUGAAUGCCUUGCCUAGCAAAUCCAGAAUGAUAUUUUCGUAUAUUUAAUACAGAUGGAUAUCAGUCUGGUCCCCACACCCUUCUUUGCCCCUUAAGCCCGGCCAAACGUGAUCCUGCAAUCAGAUUUGUUUUUUUGCAGUAAUGCUUCACAAAGGAGCUCAUCGGUCACCUAUGAUUUACGAAGAAAAUCCAAUUUUGCUCACCUUUGCUCACUGAUUCUAUAGAAAACCGCCAAGUUUUUCAGCCCCCUGUGUUAUUUCAUUUCCUUUACUUUUUCCAAUACAGAAUAAACCAUGCAUGUCUCUGAAUGGGUAAUCCACCUGUCAGUCAUGAACAUUUGAAAACGGGAAGAUUCACCCGUGACCGGAGUCAUACCUUACUCAAGUAUUGGAGAAGUGUGUAUUUUGGAUCUUGAGCAAUUGAAUGCGAACUUUUCUUUUAAUUCUGGUUGGGAAACACUGCUUUACAGGACCAAACCAUAUCUUCUUCAGGACUAAUCCAAGUUCAAAUCAGGACCAAACUGGACAAGUGUGAAAGCCUUCGUCUACUACAAUAUAAAUAUUACAUUAUCUGACAUUGCAAUAACAAUAAUCAUGUGAUAUAUUGUGCAGCCCUAACUAAUCUGACUUUGAACACCAGGUUGAAAUAGCUUUUAAUGCAUGACAAUUUGAGUUGUGAAUGUACUUAUGUAUCAGUGUUACUGCACAGGCAGCUGCAGCUCAACAGUAUUUCAACUCACAGUAUUGUUCUAUUUGUUUACAUUGUGUUUUUAUACUUUAUACUGAAGCUCUAUGGUAUUUUCACACGUCCUCAUCAGGAUUUGAAUCAGCAACUCUUCCAUCACUUUGCUUUUGUGCCUUUUAGCAGUUGCAGCAUUGUGGAAGAGACCGAACCAGUAUUAGUGUGUGGAAAUGCUCUGUAUGGUUGAAAUAGGCAGUACAAGUUUCUCAUUUUGAAAUAACUUGUAGUAUUUUUUAGAAUUUAUAUUGCAUUUUUGUAAAGGUUUAUAAAUGAAUUGUACAAACUGAUUAUUUAUAGCCACAGCAUCAACCAUAAAUUGCCUACUCCAGCUUUACGUUGAUGUAUUUUUGAAGACUAGAUAUCACUAUAUGACUGACUAUAUGUACACACUUUAUCAUUUAAAUGUUUAUGAAUAAUUUAUAAUAUUGUGUUUCAUAUGUAGCGUGUGUUUGCAUGUAUAUAUAGGUUGAACGAAUCAUUGGAAAUAUAUGGUGACAUUCCAUCAUGAAGAUAAAGAGGUACAAUGAGGGCACGUCAGGACAGUGGAGUAUGCACAGUUCCAUGUGAAAACAACUUCUCUAUGAUUAAAUCUGUACUAUAUAACUAUGCGUGCCUCUAUAGUUAUUGUUUUGCCGAAUGUUCCACAGUAUGGCAUUAAAUGCAUCUAUCACCAUGGAGUCAAGUAGGUCAGUGUGGAGAGGGGACCCCACACACAGCAUGUUUGAUACUUUGGUACAUAUUGAUACUUCGCAGUGCCAUCACGCUGGGGUGGGAUGUUCUAUGUAUUUCUCUAUGGUGGAAUGUUAAGCAGUUACCAUGGUGACACAAUGCACACUUUAACAAACACUGACAAAAGUUUUAAGAUGUCUGAGAACUCAAGAAAAUAUACAAAAUGGAUUCAAACAAAACAAUUUAAGGAGGCUGUGUUGUGAUCAAUACGAGUUCACGGUCCUGUUUAGGUGUUUGAUUUUCAACAAAACGGUGAGAAUGACUAACUGAAAAACUGUUUUCUAAUACUAACUACCUUGUGACAGUAAUUUCAUGCAUAAGAGACUUGUUUAAUAGCACGAAUCAGCUCACUUGAAAGUCAGAUUGUGUGAAAAUAAAGCUCAGUCUAAUUUGAAGAACUUCUGAGGAGCUUCUGACCGAGUAGUGCCUUCAGUUAGCAUCACACCUCCAGGGAAUGUUGACGACAUCAGCGGCAAAGUGUCAAUUGAAUACAUGUUCAAUAAAUAUGUUUAAUGCCAUACUGUACAUUCCAGGCAAAACCACCACCACGGAGACAAGCAAGUGAUGUACCUCAACCCGAAAAGUUAUCUAGUUUAUCUUUAAGUCAAGAAAUGUUAAAAAUGUUGUGUUUUUGACAAAUUAUUCCAUGAAAUGAUUAUUCAUAUUGGAUGGUCUUGCUGGGUGGCGAACAUAAUGAUUAAAUUGGUUUCGAAUUUGAGUUAUAUUUCUUCCAUAAUGGUUACUAUGGCAACUCGCUCAGGCCUAAAAGACACAUUUCAACAGACAGACGAAUAAUUAAGUCAUUUGCAGCCAAAUCAUUACACAUUUAUAAUUUCUUUUUAAACCAAACAAACAAGAAAAAUGAUUAAUAUUACCACAGUUUGGAGCCAGCUAUUAAAUAUAUGCAAUGUGAAAAGCGGUGUGCAUGUUAUAGCCAACAUAAGUUUAAGUAUUUACAUUUUUUUUAUUUGUAUGACCGAUAUUUUGUGUUUAAAUUUUUGUCUGGAUUGUUGUCUUGUCUUCCAUGGCCCCACUUAAGUCACAAAUGUUUAAAAUCAUCCAUAAAAUCUGAAAUCUGUAGACUGUAUGCAAGUGCCUUAAAUGUAAAGAAGUCAGUUUAAAAGGUGCAUAUUUCUUUCAAUAAAAACAAAAAUAAGA